UUAUAUUUUGAAGGUAGAAGGGAGAGUAAAACAAAUGGAGAAAGAGAAAUAUAUAAUCACAUUUAUAAAAAGCAUUGGGAUAAUGGGAGAAGAUAUAAGAGAAGAGCUCUAUGUACAUAUAUAAAAGGUAGAGGGCGCAUAAGCCAACGACCCCUAAAAAGAAGAAGUUCUGCGCUGGUAGUGACCUAAAUCAAAAGGAAUGGGGAAAAAAGCACGAUAAAAAAUAGGCAAAAAAUAGCCAACGACGACAUUUCCCCGCUAUAUUCUUUUAAAACAAAACAAAUGUGUCAGCCCUGACUUCAAUUACAGAACACAUCUCUCUGGAGCCAAACUAGCUAACAUUUGGCACCAGCAUUUUCGAGACAGGUCACUUUGUGAAGCGAUUUUUAAAUGCAUGUGUUAUACAUUUAUAUACUGGUGUUGAACCUAUAGCUAUCUAAAACGUAGCAAGCCACACAAAGUACAGUUUGAAAAGGGGCAACUAACCACGGAGUGCUUGCAUUUUUUCUUUCUGCAGAAACUGCUUUUCCCAAUCGCAUCCCGAUUUGUUUCGCUGUUGUCGUCGCCUGGUUGCGCUGUGUUUGCGUUAGGAACCAUAUUGUGGAUCCAUGUUCAGGAAUUUGGCCUUAAAUAUUAGACUUUUAUCUAAAUCCGCCCCCGCAGCCUUGUUAGGCUUUUCGUCUUCACUGCGGGGCACGAUCACAGCCGUGUCUAGCCGGUUCCUCGGGAGAAUGGAGAGAGCCGUGGUCAGGUGUGUGCCCUCGGAAAGCAAGCUGACAAUCACCUUCACUUUGGACGGCUCUCACAAGCAAAUGCUGAGGGACCAGAGCGAACAGCUGGGCAAAGCUCUGGCGAGGAUCGCCAACAACGCCGUCAAAGGGCACGCCAAAGCCAAGAAGUCGAAAAAGAACAAACGCGACCAGGCCUCCGUUUCGGAGCCCGUUGUGAGGCUGUACUUCAAGGAUGAUGUAGUGGCGGAGGAUGCGUUGAACUCGGCAGCCUGGCAGGAUGGAGCCGUGCUGCACGUCGGGGACACUAAGUACAAAGUCGAGCGGAAUCCGCCGACCUUCACCGAUGUGGAGCUGCCAGCGUCUCUGCUCGCAGGAUUCCCUGUCUGCCCGAAACUGGAGAUCGAGUUCGGGGAUCUCAAAGACUGCACAUUUCAGUGGUUCAAAGAAAUCCGACACAAUGGUGAAAACAGCUGGGUGGAAGCCGGCCACGAUAGGGUGUUUAUACCGUCUAAUGUGGACAUAGGACUGAAGCUCAAGCUGAAGUGCACGCCUGGUAAUAAUAAUCAAAGGUACGGAAUUGCCAGAGAACUGGUUACAUCCGGUAGCGUGGAAGCAGGCCCGGGCACCUGCACUUUUGACAGCAGGCAUUUAUACACAAACAGGGUCACAGACGAGUCCACUGUGAGGGCGGUUUCAUACAAUAUUCUAGCGGAUAUAUACGCCCAGACCGAACUGUCCAAAACGGUAUUGUAUCCCUACUGUGCCCCGUACGCGCUGGACAUUGGUUACAGACAGAAUUUGCUCAAGAAAGAGAUGGCGGGCUACAAUGCCGAUAUCAUUUGCCUUCAGGAAGUUGAUAAGAGCGUGUUCACGCACAGCCUGAGUCCUGCCCUGGACGCGUUCGAUCUGGACGGACUGUACCGAAUCAAGGACAAGCAGCACGAAGGCCUGGCUACCUACUUCAGGAGGUCCAAGUUCACGCUGCUGAGUCAACACGACGUGACGCUCAGCGAGGCUCUGCUCUCCGACCCGCUGCACAGGGACCUGCUGGAGAAAAUGUCUCUCAGCCCGGCUGUCAGAGACCAGGUUAUGCAGAGGUCAACUACUCUACAGGUCACCGUUCUGCAGUGUGUGAAGGACCCUUCCAGGAAGCUGUGUGUUGCUAACACUCACCUCUACUGGCACCCUAAAGGCGGGUACGUGCGGCUGAUCCAGAUGGCGGUGGCCCUGCGGCACAUCGAGAGGGUGCUGUCGGAGCUGCACCCUGGUGCCACGCUCUUGCUCCUGGGGGAUAUGAACAGCACGCCCUCCUCUGGGCUGUACGAGCUGCUGACUCGAGGCGCUGUGUCGGAGCUGCACCCCGACUGGAGUGGAGCGGAGGAGGUCUGCCUGGCUCUGAGUCACAGCCUCACCCUGAGCAGUGCCUGCGGGGAGCCAGCCUACACCAACUACGUGGGGGGCUUCCACGGCUGCCUGGACUACGUGUUCAUGGACACGCGCGCCCUGGCCGUGGAGCAGGUCAUCCCCCUGCCCAGCCACGAGGAGGUGACCACGCACCAGGCCCUGCCCAGCGUGGCCCACCCCUCCGACCACAUCGCGCUCGUCUGCGACCUCCGGUGGAAGUGAGACCUGGGGCGGGGCAUGGGUUUUUAACGUGAAACUGGUUUGUUUUCCACCAGAAGAUUUGUCAACCAUGUAAUUGUGCAGAUUGGUGCAUGGGUUUACAAGACUCCCAUUGCAUAGCAGUUUGAUCCAUUCCUGGUCUUAUUAGGAGUUUAGUGAGUGUGUUCCCUAUACGCUGGGCUGUAUUUUUUUAUGGUACAUCACGGUGUAAAAAUAAAUAUUUUACAAUUAAACAUA